AUGCCUACUGGUGCACUCCGCCUGCUCGCCCUCGAUGGCGGCGGCGUGCGCGGCCUGUCGUCCCUCAUGAUCCUCCGCCGCCUUAUGGCCACCGUCGAUCCUGACGCCCCGCCUAAGCCCUGCGACUACUUCGACAUGAUCGGCGGCACCAGCACCGGCGGCCUGAACGCCAUCAUGCUGGGCCGCUUGCGCAUGACCGUUGACGAGUGCAUUGGCGCCUACACUACGCUGUCCGACAGGGUAUUCGAGAAGAAGAGCCAUCGUGUAACCAUGAAAGGCAAGCUCCAGGGGCGGUUCGACGGCGCCGAGCUGGAGCGUGCAGUCAAGACUAUCGAGUCAAUCGCAGCCUCGACGAGGAUGCACUGCUCAAGGACCCUGAUUCUCCUUGCAAACUUCGUCUGCGCCACGAGCAAAGAGACUGGCGAUAAUGCCUGCCGCGCGACAUCGGCCGCGACCGCCUUCUUCGAUCCGAUCGCCAUCGGACCCUUUAACGAACAGUUCGUCGACGGAGCGCUCGGCGCGAACAAUCCUAUCUACGUGCUGUGGAAUCAGGCUCAGGACGUGUGGGGCGAUCAGCUGCGGGGUAGUCUCAAAUGCCUCGUCUCCAUCGGCACGGGCCUUCCCGCCCUGCAGCCUGUGCACGACGACGUCCUGGGAAUCUGGGCCACGCUAAAAGACCUUGCGACGGAAACGGAGAAGACAGCACAGCAGUUCCAUCUCGACAAGUCGCACCUCGACGAUGAAGGACGCCAUUACCGGUUCAACGUGGACCGCGGGCUCGAGGAGAUCGGGCCCGAGGAGUCGAAAAAGAAGACGGAGAUUGCGGCUGCGACGCGACGCUACGUCGAGUCGCAGGCUGUCUUUAAUCAGAUGGAGGCGUGUGCGAACAAUAUCGCCGGACGAGAGUACUACAGCCCGUACCGAACUUCGUUUAGCCUGCAGGGCGUGCCCGUAUCGAAUCACUUCAUACCGGAAGGCCAGGUUUUCGAGAGGAGUAGGAACGCUGUGUUGCAUAGCGAGGAGGAUCUCAAGACUGUGGUGGCGGACGUGUUGGACUGGCUCGCGCGACCGGACAACAGCAACUGGCUCCUUAUCUUCGACAACGUUGACCAGGGCAGCGAGACGGGCGCCUACGAUGUCCGGCGGUAUCUGCCCGGCGACCAUGGGUCGUGCUGCUUACGACACGACUGUCGCGGCUGGCGCACUAUGGACGAGGCCGGUAGGGAGCUGCUCGGUCUGCUCGACGGCCUUCCGCUCGCGCUGGCACAGGCUGCCUCAUAUAUCCGCGAGACCAGGCUCGAUACCGCGUCGUAUGCUCGGCUCUACAAGCAGCAGUGGGACGAUCUGAUGGGAUCGGACGGGGAGUCGGGCUCACCGCUGGUGGACUACGAGCAAGGAAGCGUCGCGACAACGUGGACCGUAUCGUUCAAGGCGGCUGAGGUACAGAAUAAGAACGCCGCGAACCAGCUCCGUCUCUGGGCCUUUGUCGACGGCAGAGACCUCUGGCACGGCCUGCUGCAGGCGGCUGUGGAGGGCGGAGAGCAGUGGCCCGGAUGGCUGUGUGAUGUCGCAGGCAACGAGGUCCAGUACUUGGACGCGGUUCGACUGCUUCUCCGGUACUCGAUGAUCGAGUAUCAGGAGGCGGUAGACGCAAUGCAUAUGUUGGGCAACCUCUACGCGGAUCAAGGUCGGCUGAGGGAAGCCGAGUCGAUGUUUCAGCGGGCGCUGGAAGGCAAGGAGAAGGCGCUCGGACGGGACCACACAUCGACUCUCGAUACGAUCAACAACCUGGGCAACCUCUACAGGAAUCAAGACCGGCUGACGGAGGCCGAGUCGAUGUAUCAGCGGACGCUGGAAGGCAACAAGAAGGCGCUCGGACGGGACUACUCAUCGACUCUCGGUACGGUCAACAACCUGGGAAUCCUCUACAAGGCUCAAGGCCGGCUGACGGAGGCCGAGUCAAUGUUUCAGCGGGUGCUGGAAGGCAGGGAUAAGGCGCUCGAACGGGACCACACAUCGACUCUCGAUACGGCCAACAAACUUGGGCAACCUCUACGCGGAUCAAGGCCGGCUGACGGAGGCCGAGUCGAUAUCACGCGGGUUGAGACCGCAGCGGUGCGUGGCUCGACACGAGACACCAUUCUGGCUAUGCAACAGGUGGCUAUUUUAACAUUGUGUCUCGGCGCCAAAUGGGGCCUGGGCAGCACAGGAGGCCAGCCAUCCGACAGAGAGGACACCAGGACAGAGGUGGAGCACGAGCACAAGCAGAUUCUCCCACCAAGCCAGCCUUCUUAA